AAAGCGUGUACCAGACCGUCCUCGGAAGGAAAUCUUAGGCCAUGGGCGGCCGAAUCCAUCAAGAGGCUGAGCGUGGAGAUGCCGAACAUGAUUGCAUGGCACCACCCAGAACUUUUUGAUGGAAAGAAGCCAACCUUGAAGUUAUCAAGCCGUACAUAAUCCAUUCACAUAUUUCAAAACAAUUGGAAUCCAUUGUCAGUGUUUGUCACUGCAAACAUUCACUGUGUACCCUUCAACGCAGUGACAAGGCAAUGCCUGAAAAGAUCUGCCUCCGCAUUCAAAGUACUUCAGAGACCUUUCAUCACCUCAAAUCCCGCAUCAUUCCUUUUCUACCACCCUGGUUAACCUCAGUCCAGAUCGAUAGCCAUGGCCAGUCCAACACAGUCCUUCGAACACCUGGGCGGGGAUGGCGAUGACAACUUCUUCAACAUUCCCGAGAAUGUGCUCAAUUGGUUCUCUGUCCCUCCCCCGAAUCCACCUCAAGUCCGCUCAAUCCACGAAUGGCAAGAAAAAUACACACGAGAAGUUCAGGUCGCUGUGGCAUUCUCCAACCGCAAUACCAAUAACAACUGGUCGCCUAUGAAAGUCGGGCCGAAAGGUUAUGCCUUCCUUUUCUCCAUCGUUGGUGGUACAUGCUACCCAAGAUUUGUGCUCAAACUUGCUUUACAUCAUCCAAAAGGACCUCAGUUCAAUGUUACCCUCAGAGCUGUCUUCCCUAUAUAUGGUGAUGACGGCCUAAAUUACGCAAGAGAUCCGCUCCCUGUCAUUCAAGCCCAGCCUCUUCGGGGGUCUACAAACAAUCCCUUGAAUCCGGACGGUUCUUGGAUGCUAUCAAAUGCUAUGAUGAACCUCAAAUAUGGGCGAUAUAUUGUGGACCAGCAGGGGACAGCUCAAACAGGCAUAAAAGUCGGCAGUGAAGUUGAGAAAAUCUCUUGGUCUACAGAGAUUGGACCUAUAACAACACGAUUCAAUGACAACUUAGCUGCGGCUGGUUUCACAAACGAACAGGUCAACAUCGCAACCAAUUUCUGCAAGAUCAAAGCGCCAGAGACAAAGGUGGACAUCCGAACGGCCAAAGUUGCAAAUCUGGACAUGCAAUACCGACUCAUCAUUGCAUUGCCCUCGCCAGUGCCCCCACCAUUUCCCACCAUUGACGCUCGAUACAACUCCGGGUUGAAAUGCCUCAAACCUAUUCACAUCAAGAAUAUACCCAAUGUCUUCAACACACCAAUCAAGCACCUCAAUCAUUUCGCUCUACGCAAAAACGGAUGGAAUCAGCAAAACAAUUUUCCCAACUCAUUGAUUACGGCCUCAGACGAGAGAGCACUGAUACCGAUGCCUUAUGAUUGCCGUUUCGAUAGUACACGGCACUACGAAGCCGUACAAAUGCUUGGUCUAGCACGGGAGGUGCAAGCCCAGCAACCGGAUGCAGCCAACAUGUUCAAUCGACAAUAUGGGUUUGUCUUGGUGCCAGUCCCAAACAGUUUCGACAACAGCGAAUUCCUGAUCUUCUUGAACGUGCGUCCCACACGCAGAGAUCUAUUCGACACACAAAUGGCCCCUCCGGAGCCGGGUUGCAAAGUCAAGAUAACCAUACAACAAGGCCAGCUUCCCCGACCUGCUUCUCCAGAAGGUCCUCUUCUUGGAUCUCGCUCGGCUUCCAACGCGUCCCAAACAUCCUAUGCUCGUCCCGGCGGACAAUCAUCUCCAGAUCUGCGCUCCCGCGCUCUGUCAAUUGCAUCUCAGCGUUCCAUUCUGGGGCAAGCCUCUGGCACAGCACCUCCCAGUACACCUGUACGCUCCCAUACGCGGAACACCUCAGGCGUGUCCGUGCGAGGUAGUCCAGCUUCUCGUCCAGGCACUCCGCCACACUGGAACAUCCCUAGUCCUCAGAAUCCAACCUCGCCAUUUGGCAGUCCUGGCCCUAAUUCGCCUCAAGGCUUGCACCAUACUGCAGGUCUUGAUAUGCCCAACAUUUCUUCUCUGAUUGUUUCAUCAGACACAAACACUCCUGGUAACGUUGACACCUGGCACGGUCCCACAAUUGCCAGAUCUGCCGACUCCGUCGAAUGGGACGGCCUUGUUGUUCCCAAUCCCGAGAAGCGGGUGGAUGAAUUCGAGAUUUGCAUCUACCUUCGCGUACCCAGUGCCGCCAAUCCACUGGGGGGAAUGGUCACCGGAUCCAGACAUGGCGAUUUCCGCUUCGGGAAUCCUAACGCCGGUGUCCACGCUCAGGCAGAGCAGGCUAUCCGGCUCGCGAUGCAUGGAGACAUGAGCUACUACGGUAUUCCGCGCCAGAACUGGAUGCAGGCCCUCCUCUUCGCUCGCGAAAAUCGCUCUCUGGAACAGCAAGGCCGUGGUCCGACUCCUAAGGACGGCGCAAGAAUCCCGGACUCUCUCAAGAACAAAUUAACAGCAAAGCAGAAGGAGGCACUUGAAGCAGCCAUUUCCAACAACACAGUGAACAGCAACCAAUUGAACCACUACGUCGUCUUCGUCAAGGGCCCACCUGCGACUGGGAAGUCCACAGUAUCACAGUGCAUUGCGUGCCAUUGCUACAACUUCGGUGAGAAGCUAUUGAUUGCAUGCGGCACAAAUCGAGCGCUCACUCACCUCGCAAACAAGAUACUGGAAGUCCUGCCGAAGUCAAAUAAGUCAUGGUUGGUAGAGAACAGUGUUCCGGGUGUUUAUCGCCUUGAGACGGAUUUCGACGAGUCUUUCCAGCAGAUCGAUCGAAAUGCCCACGCCUACCAGCAUGAAUGUCAGGGGGAGAAUGAGCCAAGAGUACACAACCCUGAAGUCCGCAAUUUGCGUGGCACAGCGAUCUCCGAGGCAGAGUUUCAAUACGUGGAACAGUAUGUCAAGCGUCGCGUUCUUACCGGGCGACCACUGUCUUUGGGCGAUCAUAUUCUGGAGCGCUUGAGAAAGGCCAGAGCGCAGCCUGCACAGUCGGUGUGGACAUUCGAGGAUUACUCUGAAGAAGAAUCCAAGAAGGAAUUCGACUUGCUCUGGGACUUCAUUGCUCUCCGUCAAGCUGCUGCUCGGCACCAGGUUUUCUUCGUUGAGCUCGUGGGCGAGAGCGAACCACAGCGACAAGCUCGUUUCGAAGAUCUCGACAAUGUCCAGAAGAAUAUUGUUAAUGAGACAGGCAAGGCAUGGCGCAACCUCCAGUCUUUCUACAUCAAGAACGCAAAGGUGGUGCUGGUAACGGCGCAGACAGCUGGCCGCCGCAUCCUGAAGUCCUACCGCGCAGAUCGAGUUAUCAUAGAGGAGGCCGGUCAGUUGGAUGAACCUAACUCCCUUAAUGCAUUUGUUCGAUCCUACAGCACAUUGAAAAAAGUGAUAUGGACAGGCGAUCCAGACCAGCUUCCACCCACCACACUUUCCUACAGCUUGAAUGAAGCGAGCCUCUAUCGAGCCAAGAGCCAAAUGGAACGUCUGGUCGAGAGUGGUGUCGAAGUCAUCGAACUCGACAAGCAAUUCCGGAUGCACCCUCAUAUUGCCAACUUUAUUAGCCGCGAAUUCUAUGGCAAUCGGGUCACAAAUGGGCCUGCUGUGGCCACCAGAAGUGGCACAACUACCUUCCGUAACUGGGUGCGAGAUUAUGCCGCCCGGAAUGACCAGAACAUCCACAAUCCAGCAAAUUCAUUGUUUAUCUCUGUCCGCGGCGCAGACGUUUACCCACGAAAGCAGGCAACCAGUCUCUGCAACCCAGCUUAUAUUGAGCGUACUCAUGAUGUGGUAAUGGAUCUCCUUAGAUUCAUCACUAGUGAGCUCAAUCUUACGAACAUUCAGCAGCUUCGGGGAAGAAUGAACAUUGCUGUGGCAUGCUAUUACACCGAGGAAUUGUCGCUGUUGAAGAAAUGGCUCUACCAGAUCGAGAAUCUGGUCGGUAUGGUGGAAGUCGUGACAAUUGAUUCGACUCAAGGCUGGGAAUUCGAUGUCGUGAUUCUGUCAACCACUCGUCCUGGUGGCCAGUUCGGUUUGGGCUUUGUGGCUGAUCGAAAGCGUCAGAAUGUUGGUCUGAGUAGAGCCAAGAUAGGCCAUGUCACCAUCGGGCACAAGAACAUGGGAGAUCCGAUAUCCGAUAAACCUGGUUACAAAGGUUCGAAGGGCGGCCACGGAUUCUCCGCCUGGGAAAGAUACUGGAAGUACCAUUUCGAGGAGUUGAAGUGCUACAUUGAGGUCCCAGGGCAUUUUGCGAAGGCGGCACAGGCGUUGAAUGUCAAUCCCGACAAUUACGAGGUAGCUACUGACAAGAGAGCAACACCUGCCUAGGGUGCUUCGUCCAAUGUCACUGCUUGAUGGAUGUGCCAUGGACUGGCUGUGCUUGAAGUCUAAAGUCUUGUUUGGGGAGCGAUUUGCCAACCGGCCGGCAUAUUUUGGUUGUUGCUAGUUCCGAUUCGAGGACCGGGCUCCGGCCUGUGUGGUGGAGAGGAUUGACGACUACUGGCAGGACAUGAAUUAGCCGAGCUCGCCGACUGCUCCAAUCUUGAGUUUGGAUAUCUCGGCACACAAAGAAUGCUGUGAUGACAUCCAAAAAAAU